AUGCUGACCACUCCGAUGACGACGACCAAUCAAUACGGUACAGAAACCGAUGAUGUUUUCAUACAUGAAACAUUCAAGCAGUCGCCCUCUGGUGGUUUCCUUGGAUUACCGCCUCCUCCUCCUCCUCCUCCUCCUCCUCCGCCACCACCACCACCAAUACCAUCUAUGUUUAAUAAUAAGAUAAAUAACAAUUGUAAAAUAUUACUACCACAUCAAGAAGUUAAUCUUGUUGUUAAUCGUGCGAAUAUAACUGAAAUUCAAGCACGUUCUAUUCCAUCAAUGCUUAUAUCAAGUAAUAAUAUUUGGACACGAUGUGUUUUACCAAAUCUUCGCAUAAAACAAAGUGUAUUCGAUCAACAUUUUGGUGAUUCAAAAUCUUUAAUGACAGAUCGUUAUAGGCGUUCAAGUGCAUCAACAAGUUGUGUAGGAGGAGGAGGAACUAAUUUUAAUGAUGAUGGACCAUUAUCAUUUAUUUUACUUGAUACUACAUCAAAAAUGCUUUAUGAUGUACCAAUGCGACAUUUACUUCAAUUAGUCAAAAAAGAUUAUGAUGAUGAUGCUAGUAUUGAUCAUGUUAUUCGAGCUAUUGAUGAAACACAUAUGAAAUCAGAAUGGCUUGAUGCAGUAACUUCUUUAAAUAAACAAUUUGAUAAACGACCAGAAGAUAAAGCUCGUGUAUUAGCACAUAAUGGUUCAACACAUGGUCUAGUACUUAUAGAACAAUUUUUUGUUAAACUUGUACGUGUACCAGCUUAUGAAUUUAAAUUAAUUUAUUUAAAAUUUCGUGAAGAAGCACCAACACAACUUGAACGUAUGAAUAAACAUAUAAAUGAUCUUCUUGAAUCUAUUGAAAUAAUAUUAAAUAAUGAACAAUUACCUGGUAUACUUCAUUUACUUUGUUUACUUUAUAAUAGUAUAACAGAUAAAACAAUACCAGGUAUUCAUUUUGAUUCACUUUUAUCUGUACUUUCAACACGUACAUUAAAACAAAAUACAACAAUAACACAUUUAUUAUGUCAUUUAUUAGAAGAACAAUAUUCAACAUUAUUAAAUAUAUUUGAUAAUCAAAUAUUAUUAAAAUUAAAAGAUUUAUCAUCAAUUAAAUAUAUUCCUAUUUAUAUUGAUAUACGUUUAUUAUAUACACGUUAUAAACAAUUAAAUAUUUUAUUAAAUAAUUAUGAAAAAGAACUUAUUUAUUUGCCUGAACAUAUAAAAAUAACACUUAAUGAUUUAGAAAUUUUAUUUACAAAAUUAUUUAAUUAUGAAAAUCAAAUAAAACAAGGUGAAAAAAAUUUAUCAAAUUAUUUUUGUGUUUGUGAUUUAUCACUUGAAUUAUGUUUAUCAACUCUUGGACAAUUUAUUGAUAAACUUCGUCUUGCUCAUAUGCAAAAUAUUGAACAACAUCGUCGUAAUCAAUUAUUAAUGAAACAACAACAACGAACUAUUCAAACACCAACACGUUCAUUACGAAAUACACAUAUUUCAUUUUGUUCAGAUACAAAUAUUUUUCGUGAUCAUUUAAAUGUUCCAUUAACACCAAUAACUACACGACAACGUUUUAAAGUUAAUCGAACAUCACGAGAUCGUUAUUUAUCUUCACGUGAUAUUUCUUAUGAGGAACAAUAUGAACAAAUAACUCAAAAUUUAUUACCAAAUUCUGUACCAAGAAAACGUGGUCAUUCUCCAACAGCUAAAACUGUUCUUACCAAACGACCAUUUAAUCUUCUUGGAUUAUCUACAACAAAUAAACAACAAGAAGACAUAGACGAGGUUUUUAUUUCAUCGACAUCAGAUAAUAAACAUGAAGAAACGAAAAUGGAUUGUUCAACAAAUGAAUUUGCCAUUGUACCAACAACAGAUAUAAUAUCUACUGAUGAAAAUCAAAUAUCAUCUUAUUUAGCAACAUCAAAUCGAUCUUUAUUCGACUCUACAAAUGAUCAAACAAUUCCAACAAGUAGUUCUAUUCUAUCAAUUAAAUAUGAAAAUAAUUUACCAAUAAAAAUUCAUCAAUAUGAACAUUUGAUUGAAAAUGAAAUUAAUAAAGAAAAUAAUUCAUUAUUAUCAAAGCAAAAUUCAACAGAGUUAUCUUCAUUACCAAAUGUCAUUGAUGAUACUAAUCAACCAUUAUCGUCUGUUAAUAAUUCCCAUGGUGAAAUUCGUACUACACCUGCAAUGCGAAUAUCAUCAUCUCAUUCGAAAAAGCACAAUAGAAGUUCUAAAAGAUAUUCAAAUAUUAGCGAAAUUGAUGAAUUAAGUCUGCAAUCUUGUCUCAUAGAGCCAAAUUCGACUUGUCAACUAAAUUGUGAUAAUAUUAUUUAUAAUAAUAAACAAAUAUCUUCAUCUAAUGAACAAUUAAUAAAUCCAAACAAAUCUACAGAUAAUAUAGUUGAUCAACAGAAAAUGAACAAAUCAAGAAAAUGUAUACCAUCUAUUGAAAAUCAAGGAUCAAUAUUAACAAAUAAUAUUUCUAAUCGAAAUAUUCAACGUUGUGCUGUAUCUCGAAGAAUUUCAACUGAAAAAGAUAUCGAAGAAACUACUAAAGUAUCUACAAAUUCAACAAUCCAAUCACAAAUGUCAAUAACAAAUCGUCGAAUAUCUUCUACGAAAACUAAAACUACCAAUAAUAAUGUUCAUUCUGUAACAAAUAUAUCUUCAUUUACUCGACCAUUACGUGCAUUUCAAAUGUCAACUAUAACUACUAAUGGAUUGUCUUCAUCACCAAAAAAUACUAAAAAAUUAUCUCUUUCUUCCCAACAUCAUCAUUUAGCAAUGCAGAAAAAUUCUUCUAGUAGAACUAUAUUAAGUACUGUUUUACCAUCAUCUACUUUAGUUAAAACUCCAAAAAACAAUUGA